CCUUCCAUCCUCCUCUGCCCAAGUAGCUGUUCGGCUGUUCCGGAGUUUCCCUAAACGCUUUUUCAUCACUGCGCCGCUUUCUCUCUUCUCCGGCAAGUGCAAGCUUCAUUUUUUAAGCUUCUCAUUACCCGCAGGAGUCCCACCAUGGAAGUAGAGGCCCCAAUUCCAGUUCCGGCUCCAGCUCCAGCUCCAGCUCCAGCUCCGGCGUCAGUUACUGGUCCCAUGGACGUCAAAUUGUUCAAUCGCUGGGUGUUCGAUGAUAUUCAGAUCAAUGACAUUUCCUUGUCGGAUUAUAUUGGCGUCCAAGCGGCCAAGCAUGCAACAUUUGUCCCCCACACAGCUGGGAGGUACUCUGCCAAGCGAUUCAGGAAGGCUCAGUGCCCGAUCAUUGAGAGGCUUACCAACUCUCUUAUGAUGCACGGGAGAAACAAUGGUAAGAAGCUGAUGGCAGUCAGGAUUGUCAAGCACGCCAUGGAGAUCAUCCACCUCCUAACUGAUGCAAACCCAAUCCAAAUCAUCGUUGAUGCUGUGGUGAACAGCGGUCCUCGUGAAGAUGCAACUAGAAUUGGUUCGGCUGGUGUUGUGAGGCGUCAGGCCGUCGAUAUUUCUCCGCUCAGGCGUGUCAACCAGGCCCUGUACCUCCUGACCACUGGAGCUAGGGAGUCUGCUUUCCGUAACAUCAAGACUAUCGCUGAAUGCUUGGCUGAUGAACUCAUCAAUGCUGCAAAGGGAUCCUCGAACAGCUAUGCUAUCAAGAAGAAGGACGAGAUUGAGAGAGUUGCCAAAGCCAACCGUUAAGAGAUUUUUUGUAUGUCUGCUGUUGUCUUCAGCUUUACCCAGUGUUGUUGGAAAAUGUCAGGAGCUGUUAGUCUUUUAAGUUUUAAGGUAUUUUAAUUGUCAGUUGUUAGUGAAUACCUGGAAUUUCUUUCUUUGGAAGCCGAAUGCUACAAUCUUCUAUGUGACACUUUUGAGUAAUGUCACAUGAUGAAUCCUAUUUAAUCUUAAGUUUUAUUACUAUCUCUCUUCUGUCAUUAUCUCAUGUGCCCAUAUCUCUGUGUUUCUCCUUAUGUCAACACCAGUAUUACGGAAAUGCAAAUUUGUGAUUAGAAGUAUGGUGAAGUUGAUUUUGUUUACACUUAUGCAUCUUCCCUAACCAUUGUAGUAGAGUUUCUUUCCUCUUUUAGAUGGUCUCUGUAACUGCACUUUAAGCAGUAGUCGCAAAGCAGAGUUUCUUUCCACUUUUAGAUGGUCCCUAACCAUUGUAGUAGAGUUUCUUUCCACUUUUAGAUGGUCCAUCCUCAAGCUGUCAAAAGAAGAGUAAGGUAUCAUCUAUUUGGAAUUUGGAUGCUAACUGCUAAGUUAAACUAAGAUAGAAAAUGUUAUUUGGUAUCUUCACUUGGCUAGAACGGAAAGAAAGUUCCUUGUCGAUG